AUCAAUAAGGCGGAGUAGCACUAAAGCACAGACUUUCUCUGAGUCCUUUAAGCCGCUUUUGUUAGGACGGUUUUUGUUUGUUUGUUUUUUCCUCAACAUUUGCAUGGACCUCACUUUACAAUGUUUGUUCGAUAAACUUUGAGCAAUGGAUUUGACAGACCGCGCGCGGGGAUCUACAGUGCUAUCAGGAAGAGUUUUAAAGACCUAAGGAGUGUGUGAAGCGACUCAAGAAAUUACUGCAGCUCGCGCACACUUCAUUCUUCUUCUUAUUUUUUUUUUAAAUUCUUCUUCUUAUUUCUACUCAGUGCAUCGCUCUUUUAACACCAAUACAAUAUGUCGGAUUCUAUGUCAAGUUUCUUGCACAUAGGAGACAUCGUGUCUCUCUAUGCAGAAGGUACUGUUAAUGGCUUUAUAAGCACCUUGGGGUUGGUAGAUGACCGCUGUGUUGUGGAACCCCUAGGUGGAGACCUGGAUAACCCUCCCAAGAAGUUUAGAGACUGCUUGUUCAAGGUUUAUCCAAUGAAUCGCUAUUCUGCCCAGAAGCAAUACUGGAAAACAAAGCAGGCUAAACAUGAGAAAGACAAGAUCGGGGACCUUGUACUUCUUCAAAAACUGCAGCAUGCAUCCAAUCUGGAACAAAAGCAGAACGAAGCAGAGAAUAAAAAGGUCCAUGGUGAUGUAGUUAAGUAUGGCAGCAUUAUUCAGCUAUUACACAUGAAGAGCAAUAAAUAUCUGACGGUUAACAAGCGCCUGCCGGCUCUGCUGGAGAAAAAUGCCAUGCGAGUCACUCUGGAUGGUACGGGUAACGAAGGAUCCUGGCUGUUUAUUCAGCCUUUCUGGAAGCUCAGGGCUGACGGAGACAAUGUGGUGGUCGGCGACAAAGUCAUUCUGAACUCCGUUAAUGCAGGACAGCCUCUCCACGCCAGCAACUAUGAGCUCGCCGACCACCCUGGAUGCAAAGAGAUCAACUCUGUAAAUGGCAACACUAGCUGGAAGAUCAGCCUGUUCAUGAUGUACAAUGAUCACAGAGAUGAAGUUCUUAAAGGAGGUGAUGUAGUCCGACUUUUCCAUGCUGAACAAGAGAAGUUUUUGACCUGCGAUGACUACAAGUCCAAGCUGUACGUCUUCCUGCGUACAACACUGCGUCAGUCUGCUACAUCAGCCACCAGUUCUAAUGCAUUAUGGGAAGUGGAGGUGGUACAUCAUGACCCGUGUCGAGGAGGAGCAGGUCACUGGAACAGUCUGUACCGUUUCAAACAUCUGGCCACAGGCCAGUACCUUGCAGCAGAGGAAAACCCAGGCUACAAAGGGGACAUACCUGAAGUACAGCCAGCGGACACCGGUCGCAACAUCAAGAAGAACCUGGGGGAAUGGAUAAAAUAUAGACUAGUUGCAGUUCCUCAUGGAAAUGACAUUGCCUCUCUGUUUGAACUGGACCCCACGACAUUGCAGAAGACUGACUCAUAUGUGCCAAGAAACUCUUAUGUACGUUUUCGACAUCUGUGCACAAACACAUGGAUCCAUGGCACCAAUGUGCCUAUUGACAUUGAUGAAGAAAGGCCCAUUCGCUUGAUGCUGGGAACUUGUGCCACUAAAGAGGACAAAGAGGCGUUUGCCAUUGUCUCUGUGCCCACCAUGGAGAUUCGAGAUCUAGAUUUUGCUAAUGAUGCCAGCGCCAUGUUGAGCACAGUGGUGGAGAAAUUUAAUGCUGGAUAUCUCUCUCCAAAUGAUCGGAGAUAUGCUAUUAAGUUGCUGGAGGACCUUGUGUUUUUUGUGGUGGACCAGUCAAACACUGGGCAGCCUGUGCUGGAUGUGGUGAUGACCAAGCCCAACCGUGAGAGGCAGAAACUAAUGCGGGAGCAGCAUAUUAUCAAACAGAUAUUUGGGAUUAUUAAGACUCCUUUUAAAGAAAGAGGAGAGGAACCCCCUUUGUUGAAGUUGGAGGAACUGGCUGAUCAGAAGAAUACUCCAUAUCAGUACAUGCUGCGUCUGUGCUACCGAAUCCUCCGCCACUCCCAAGAGGAUUACCGCAAAAACCAGGAGGACAUCGCCAAACAGUUUGGGUUGAUGCAGUCUCAGAUUGGCUAUGACAUUCUGGCUGAGGACACAAUCACAGCCUUGCUGCAUAACAACCGCAAGCUAUUGGAAAAACACAUCACUAAAACUGAGGUUGAGACCUUUGUCAGCCUGGUGCGCAAGAACAAGGAGCCCAGGUUUCUGGAUUACUUGUCAGACCUGUGUGUAUCAAAUUAUGUUGCCAUCCCAGUGACACAGGAGCUGAUCUGCAAAUGUGUGCUUGACCCCAAAAACCAGGAUAUACUUAUCAAAACAGAACGACGUCCUGUUAAGGUGACUCAUCACACGUCUGGAUAUAUAGAGGACUAUGCAGAGGAGAAUGAGGUAUGGUUGGUCUGGACUGAUAAAUCCAACGAGACUCAUGCAAAAAGCAUUCGUCAGCUUGCACAUGAGGCGAGACAAGGAAAUACCCAUGAUGAGAGUGUGCUGACGUACUACAGGUAUCAGCUGAAGCUGUAUGCUCAGAUGUGUUCAGACCGUCAGUAUCUGGCAAUCGAUGAGAUCUCAAAGUAUCUGGACGUGGAGCUGAUUUUCCUCUGCAUGAUGGAUGAGACUCUUCCAUAUGACCUGCGGGCUUCUUUCUGUAGGCUCAUGCUGCACGCCCAUGUAGACCGUGACCCUCAGGAGCUUGUGACACCCGUUAAGUUCGCACGGCUCUGGACUGAGAUCCCCACCUCCAUCAGCAUCAAGGAUUAUGAUUCUCAUAUGGACUACGCGAGAGAUAACAAGAAGAACAAGUUUGCCAACACCAUGGCUUUUAUGGAAGAGUAUCUCAACAACGUUCUUAAUGAUGUCUUGCCUUUUGCUGAUGGAGAGAAAAAUAAAUUAACAUAUGAGGUGGUGAGUCUUGCCAGACAUCUGAUCUACUUUGGCUUCUACAGCUUCUUUGAGCUGUUACGACUGACGCGCACACUUCUGGGGAUUAUUGACUGCAUUCCCAACUCUGCUGUGGCCAGUCCUACAUUUAAUGAUGAUGGCACCACUAAGAAUAUCCGGCGCUCCAUCCAUGGAAUGGGCCAGAUGAUGUCCACCAUGGUGCUGAGCAGAAAGCAGUCCAUGAUGCUUACCGGUGGCCGUAACUUGAUGGGUAUGGAUGGUCAGACACGCACUAAAGACAGCAUUGACAACCAGGACAUCACGGUCAUGGACACCAAACUGAAGAUCCUAGAAAUUUUACAGUUCAUCCUGAAUGUGCGCUUGGACUACAGACUGUCCUUCUUGCUCUCCGUCUUUAAGAAGGAGUUUGUGGAGGUGUAUCCCAUGGCAGAUGCAGAUGCAACAUCGGCAGUUGAGAAUGCAGCCACCAUCAACCUGCAGUACAUCGGGGAGCAGGCAGAAGCCAUGUUUGGAGUUGGGAAAGCGAACAGCAUAUUAGAGGUGGAUGAUGAGGGUGGACGGAUGUUUCUGCGUGUGCUGAUUCAUCUCAUCAUGCAUGAUUACCCUCCGCUCGUCUCUGGGGCACUGCAGCUCCUCUUCAAGCACUUUAGCCAGAGGCAGGAAGUCCUACACACCUUUAAACACGUCCAGCUCCUAAUUUCUGAGCAGGAUGUGGACAACUACAAGCUCAUUAAAAGUGAUUUGGACCGUUUGCGCACAAUAGUGGAGAAGUCUGAGCUUUGGGUGGUCAAGAAAAGCGGUUCAGAUAAGAAGAAAGAUAAGAAGAAAGAUAAAAAGGACAAGGAUGAUAAAAAGGACAAGGAAGAGAAAAAGGACAAGGAUGAUAAAGGCAAAGAAGAGAAAAAAGACAAGGAGGGAAAGAUGGACAAGGAAGAGAAAAAAGACAAGGAGGGAAAGAAGGACAAGGAAGAGAAAAAGGAUAAAAAAGAUAAGGCCUCCACUGAAAGCGCUGAACCUGGCCCUUCCAAAGAAAAACUUGAGAAGAGCAAUGAAAGCUAUCAAAAUGUCAAGGAGAUCUUGGAGCGCUUAAAUAAGAUGUGCAAUUCUGGGGUGUUUAAGAAGCAGCAGAGGCUUCUAAAAAACAUGGGUGCACAUAAAGUCAUGUUGGACCUGCUGCAGGUUCCUUAUGAUCGGAGUGACAAGAAAAUGCAAGAGCUCAUUAAGUUCACCCACCUUUUCCUGCAGAAGUUUUGCAUUGGAAACCAAGAAAAUCAAACCCUCCUCCACCAACACCUUAAUCUCUUUCUUAUCCCUGGAGUUCUGGAAGCAGAGACAGUGCAACAUAUCUUCAGUAAUAACUACCAGCUCUGCUUCGAGAUCGGUGAGAAUGUCCUCCAUCACUUCAUGAAAUGCCUGGCCACACAUGGGCGCCAUGUGCAGUACCUCAACUUCCUGCACACCAUCAUCAAGGCUGAGGGGAAGUAUGUGAAGAAAUGCCAAGAUAUGAUCAUGACAGAGUUAUCAAAUUCAGGUGAUGAUGUUGUGGUCUUCUACAAUGAUAAAGAGUCUUUUGCCAAAAUGCUGGAACUCAUGAUUGAGUCUAGAGAGGGGGUGCAGGAGAACAGCCCACUAUGCUACCAUAUUUCUCUGGUGGAGCUGCUGGCUGCAUGUGCUGAGGGCAAAAAUGUCUACACUGAGAUCAAAUGCACCUCACUACUGCCUCUGGAGGAUAUUGUUCGAGUCGUCACACAUGAUGACUGCAUCACAGAGGUGAAAAUUGCCUAUGUAAAUUUUGUGAACCACUGCUAUGUGGAUACAGAGGUGGAAAUGAAGGAGAUCUACACCAGCAACCACAUAUGGAACCUGUUUGACAAUUUUCUCAUAGACAUGGCUCGGAUGUGUAUUAACCGUGAGAAGCGCCUACAAGACCCAGUGCUGGAGAAGUAUGUCUUCCUAGUUGUGCUUGAUACUAUAAAUGCCUUCUUCAGCUCACCUUUCUCUGAAAACAGCACCUCUCUGCAGGCUCAUCAAGAUAUGUUCAUAAAGUUGCUGCAGUCUACCAUGCGUCUGAUGGACUGUCCCUGGCUUCAGGCCCAACAAAAGGGACUCGUGGACAGCUGCAUUCGAACUCUGUCCAUUGCUGCUAAAACCCGAUCAAUCUGUCUGCCGGUGGAUUUAGAAGCCCUUGUUAACAUGAUGCUUAACAACAAUUCAAUGAAUGCUCUGGCCCGUGCCACCCUCAACUAUAAGAGUAGUUCGCGAUCUACGCGACCCACCGGCCCCAACAACCCAUGGGACUAUAAGAACAUCAUUGAGAAGCUGCAGGAUGUCAUUAACACACUUGAGGAACGAUUAAUGCCGCUGGUUAAUGCAGAGUUGUCUGUAUUGGUGGAUGUCCUGCACCAGCCUGAGCUGCUCUUUCUAGAGGGCUCUGACGCUCGCAACCGCUGUGAAUCUGGAGGCUUCAUUUCCAAACUAAUUCAGCACACUAAACUCCUGAUGAACUCUGAUGAAAACCUCUGCAUCAAGGUGCUCAAGACUCUACAGGAGAUGUUAAUCCGUAACCUGGAAUUUGAUGAGAAGGGGAUUGCCUUGAGAAAGGUGUUGUUGCAAAAUUACCUCUUUAACAAAAAGAGCAUGAAAGCUGACCUUGCUGAACUUGGAGCUGGAGGUGGAGAGGGAGAGCGAGACUGGGCAGCUGUGGCUGCAGUACAGUGUCGUCUGGAUAGAGAAGGUGGCACAAAACUGUUUACAGACAUCAUUACAAGCACCAAAAAUGAGAAAAUCUUCCAAGCGAGCAUCCAACUAGCCAUCUGUCUGUUAGAGGGAGGCAACACUGAAAUACAGAAGUCCUUCUACAAACUGAUGAUGGGGGACAAUAAGUCUGAGAAGUUCUUUAAAGUCCUCAAUGAUCGUAUGAAAACUGCACAGUUGGAUGUCAAAGCCACCACUUCAGUCAACGUGGGUGAAAUGACCCACAAAGCCAAAGACGAAAAAGGUCUUGAACCAGGGGCGCACACAAUGUAUCCGCCAGGGGAAAUGGCCCAGUAUGGCCAAAACCCCAUGGCCCUGGCUCCUGCUAACCAGGCUGAGCAGCAGGAAGUGGACACUGAGAUGGGCCCCUCAGUCAUUAUCAUGAAGCCUAUUCUACGCUUCCUUCAGCUGCUCUGUGAAAACCACAACCUUGAUCUCCAGAAUUUCCUUCGCUGUCAGAACAACAAGACAAAUUAUAACCUGGUCUGUGAGACACUUCAGUUCUUGGACAUCAUGUGUGGGAGCACUACAGGGGGCCUGGGUCUGCUGGGUCUCUACAUCAAUGAGAACAAUGUGGAGCUGAUCACACAGAGCUUGGAAACUCUCACAGAGUACUGCCAGGGACCAUGCCAGGAGAACCAGACUUGCAUCGUAACUCAUGAGUGCAAUGGAAUUGACAUCAUCACUGCCUUGAUUUUGAAUGACAUUAGCCCUCUGUGUCGCUACCGGAUGGAGUUGGUGCUCCAGCUCAAGGAUAAUGCCUCCAAGCUUUUACUUGCCCUAAUGGAGAGCCGUCAUGACAGUGAGAACGCAGAAAGGAUUCUGAUUAACCUCCGACCCCGUGAACUGAUUGAAGUGAUAAAGAAGGCUUAUCUACAGGAGAGUGACUGUGAGGAUGCAGAGGUGUCACCGAGGGAAGUCGGCCACAACAUCUACAUCCUGGCACUACAGUUGGCACGGCACAAUAAGACUCUCCUUCACCUGUUGAAACCACAAAAAAAGUCAAAAGAAGAGCUUGAAGAGGGCAUCUCUUCUAUGCUCAGUCUGAACAACACGGGAUUCUCCCAGAUGCUGAAAUCCUCAGCUCCAGCACAGGUUCAACAGGAAGAUCCACUGGAGUACUACGCUAAACAAACUUCUCAGAUCGAGAUAGUUCGUGAGGAUCGCAGCAUGGAACAAAUUGUGUUCCCUGUCCACCCCAUCUGUGAGUUCCUGACAGAAGAGUCCAAGUUCCGUGUCUUCACCACCACGGAGCUUGAUGAGCAGGGCAGCAAGGUCACAAACUUUUUUGAGCAGUCCAUCUUCCUGCAUAAUGAGAUGGAGUGGCAGAAGAAGUUACGCAGUAUGCCAGUGCUGUACUGGUUCUCUGGGCGAAUGUCACUGUGGGGCACCAUCUCAUUCAACCUGGCUGUCUUCAUCAACCUCAUCAUUGCCUUAUUCUACCCAUUUGACUCUGGCCAAAGUUCCAUUGAUUCUUCAUUGUUGUACAUGAUGUUUUGGGUCUUUUCUGGCCUGUCAGUUUUGGGUCUGUUUGCUCAACGCUAUGGCCUGCAGCUUGUCACCGUAGCUGUCAUCCUGCGCUUCAUUUACCAUUUUGGCAUUGGCCCUACUCUCUUCAUGCUUGGAACUAUCAAUCUCAUCAAUAAGAUUGUGUACGUUGUGAGCUUUGUGGGUAAUAAUGGUACAUUUAUCAAUGGUUACAAAGCCAUGGUGAUGGAUGUAGAGUUCCUGUACCAUCUGGGCUACGUGUUCACCUGCACACUAGGGCUUUUUGUCCAUGAGCUCUUCUACAGUCUAAUGUUAUUUGAUCUGAUCUACCGUGAGGAAACCCUUUUCAAUGUCAUCAAGAGUGUGACACGUAACGGACGCUCCAUUCUCCUGACUGCAGUGUUGGCCAUUAUCCUGGUCUACCUCUUCUCCAUCGUGGGCUUUCUUUGCCUCAGGGAUGACUUCAUCAUGGAAGUGGAUCAUUUACCUUCCAUUGGUGGAGAUUCGGAGCCGAGCUGUAUUGCAGAUGGAGUGGACUGCAAUGAAGAGACUGGACUUAUAGCAACAUCAGAAGAAGAAGAUAACACAGAGCGAGCGUGUGACACAUUAUUAAUGUGUAUAGUCACUGUGCUGAAUCAUGGCCUACGAAAUGGGGGAGGUGUAGGAGAUGUUCUACGCAAGCCCUCAAAAAAUGAGGUGCUGUUUCCUGCACGUGUGGUAUAUGAUCUUCUCUUCUACUUUAUUGUCAUCAUCAUUGUACUGAACUUGAUCUUUGGUGUGAUCAUUGACACCUUUGCUGACCUGCGUAGUGAGAAGCAGAAGAAAGAGGAGAUCUUGAAGACUACCUGCUUUAUCUGUGGUCUUGAGAGGGACAAGUUCGACAAUAAGACAGUGUCAUUUGAGGAGCACAUUAAAUUCGAGCACAACAUCUGGAACUACCUUUACUUCAUUGUACUGGUGCGAGAGAAGAACAAAACCGAUUACACUGGUCCAGAGAGCUAUGUGGCCCAUAUGAUAAAGAACAAGAAUCUGGAUUGGUUCCCACGCAUGCAGGCCAUGUCUCUGGUCGUGACUGAAGCGGAAGGGGAGCAGAACGAGAUGCGGAUCCUACAGGACAAACUAUCAACCACCAUGAAAGUGGUUACACACCUCACUGGCCAGUUAACAGAACUAAAAGAACAGAUGACGGAGCAGAGGAAACGGAGGCAGAGGAUGGGCUUUGUGGAUGCCUCUAAUCCUGCAAUUCCCCCUAGUGCUGCUGGAGGAAGCUACAAAGCUUAAAGGGGAACUGAAGGCAAAUUUUUUUUUAUAAAAUGUAGAAUGCAUUUCUGACAGCUAUUUUGUCACUGCUAUAGCAAGUUAUGAGUGUUUGAAAUAUGCUAUGUAAUAUAUCAGUCCAUAUGUCAAAGCAAUGGCCGUAAAUGAGAUUCACUGAGACCUGUGCAAGACUUCGUAGGACGGAAGUAAAACGUAUAGUGGAAAUCAAAAUGACCAACAUCUGCCAACAUUGUCAAAAGAUGCGCGUGCCCUCCUUCGAAUGCUGACAUAAUCAAGCCGGAAGUUUUCCCUCUGUCCAAUAUCACUCCCUACUCACUAUAUAGGGCACUAUAUAGUGGGGACGCCAUUUUGUAGUGCUGUUCGAAACCUUAGUGAGGAUUAUGUGGGAAAUGCGCUCAGUAUAAUAUGUAUUUAUCACAAAAAUACAUGCAUGCAUUUAUUAUUUUGAAAACCCACCAGCCACCUGAUCUAGUGCGUUUUACUUGUGCGACAGUAAUGACAUAAAUACCAGCGUGACGGACUCGUCCUUAUCCUGUCGACUUUCCAACUCUUCUCUACUCCACGUUGGUUCGAAGUCGUAUUGAAUAAUCUCCAUGUCACGUACGCGAGGGAGGCGGAUGUAUGUGCAGAAGUAUACAGUUUAAUAAAGUGCAGAAUAUAUAUACAGUGAGACAAUAUAUACACAGGCAAACAAUCCAGAAUGGCAGGCUAGAUCAAAAAUGAGAAUACAGUCAAAAGGGUCGGUCGAGGCGCAAACAGUACAUCAAAGGCUAAGCGAGGACAAGAACGAGAAACAGGCACAAGGAUCGUGAAACAGGAUAUCAAGAUAAAGGGCAGAAAGGCUUAGUAAUGCGUACAUGCGUAUCGUAAUAAUUUGCGAUGCAAAUGCAUCAGCACGGUCCUUAAAUAGGCAAACACAUAGUUCCUUAAUUGAGCUCAGGUGUGCCUUGUUCUCGGCGCACGUGCUGAAAUCCACUUGGCAUGUGCGCAGCCCGAGGCGCGCCUUCAGGUGCACGCGCCAUGGCGCGCAGGACUGACACUCCAUCACUGAUGAAGCUGGCAAAUCUCGAAAUUGAUCUAAAUUGGAAUGAUAUGGUGAUCUGGACGCUGUGUAAACAGUUUUUAAAAUGGCGGCGCUGACACUUCACGUUUGAAGUCUCACACAAGUCUCGUGAAGAUUGCGCGGAUAAGCAACACCUGCCGUGGACCAUACGAACUACAUUCAACAUGGCUAAAAACCGAAAAGGCUGAUAAGUGUAACAUAAUAUGCAAAUACGAGUCACGAUAUAAGGUUAAUAAAACCGAAAACGUAAUUGAAUAACACGUUAAGCAAGUUUAAAAAUGACUUCAGUUCCCCUUUAAUGCUGUGCACUGUUCUCAACCAGCUCAACAAAGUUGAGAUCUGAGUUGGGAUUUUACUGACCUUGAUAAUGUUUUUGAAUGUAUGUAUUAAUGCAGUCAUUAGAUACUAGCCCUGAAUGCAACAGGAUGCUACAGUUAUGACUAGUUUUAUGAUAAAAAAUAAUUUAGCAUCUUUGUAUGAUAUUUUAUUAUAUUUUAAAGGGAAAAUGUAUCAUUUGUAAUAUAUUUUAGUGUAAUUUUAUUAAUUAACUUAUACAGAAGUGCUAACUCUACCAGUUGUGAAAAGUGCCUAAUCCUUCAGUGAUGUGUCUAUUUAACCAUAUAUUUUUUAGCCAAAAAUAGUUUAAGGCCAAUAAUAUAGGCCUUAAACUAUUUUUAUGCAUACUUAUAUUUAUAUAUUAUAUUUAUAUAUAAAUAUUAUUUAUGUAUAUAUGUGUGUAUAUAUACAGAGUCUACCUGUAAUAUGCCAUUUUUCCGAGCCUUUCAAUAAGGCAAUUUUUUUUUCUAUACUUUUUCACGGUAGAUGAUGCAAAUAGCCCUCUGUAUUUAAUCCUUCGUUUGUCUAAUUUUUAUUUCAGUUUUAUUUGUUAUCUAUUUGACUUUUUCUUGCUACUGUAACACGUGAAUUUCCCCGAUGUAGGAUGAAUAAAGUGAAUCUAAUCUAAUCUAAUAGAAGUCAUGAGAGAGGGUAGUGGUACAAAUUAUGUGAUGUAUAUAGCUAUUUAAUGAUGUAUAUGCAAUUAGGAUGUGUUUUCUCUUUUCUUUUUGUUUCUACAGAAAUAUGUGCUCCUGUACUGAGCUUUAAAAACAAAACUAUUUACAUGAAGUCCAUUUUUAAAUGGCUGAUGGUAGAAGCAGUGUAUAAACAUGAAUACAAUAAAACCAAGUGUCAGCUGUGUGAAA